AUGGAAGGAGAGAACACCAAGAAAGCCAAACCCUCACCUUUGCCGGAGUCUCUCCGGCAAUGGAGCCAAUGGCAGCUGCUCGACUCCAUUCUCCCCACAGGCGGCUUCGCCCAUUCCUACGGACUCGAGGCCGUCACCCAAGCCCGUCUCGUCAAUUCUCCCGAAGACCUCACAACCUUCGUGAUCCACGUGCUGGAGAACACCGGCAGCCUCCUUCUCCCGUUCGUGCAAGCCUCGGCCGUUUCCCCCGACUCCCAAACCUGGCGAAAGCUCGACCGUCUACUGGACGCCAUGCUCACAAACGAGGCUGGCCGCAAGGCCUCCGUCUCUCAAGGGUCGGCUCUCAUGAGGGUCGCAUCCUCCGUUUUCUCCGAGAUCCCAAAUCUCAAGGCUAUGAGGGACGAGGCCCUCAGGGGCGGGAGUGUCUUUUUCCACCAUGCUCCGGUUUUUGGGCUCGUCUGUGGGCUCCUGGGGUUUGGGCCCGAGACGGCCCAGCGAGCUUACGUGUUUGUGACAAUGAGGGACGUGGUGUCGGCGGCCACGAGGCUGAAUCUGGUGGGCCCGUUGGGGGCAGCCGUGCUGCAGCACCGGGUGGCGGCGGAAGCUGAGGAGGUGUGCAUGAGCACUAACCCAGUCACACCCUAUCCACCGUCGAUUACCCUCCACCCACUGUACAUAGGCCCUUUCUCCUCUGGGGGGGGUCCCCCCUUUCUACUCGCUUUACCCGCUGCAUAA